AUGAGCCUCCGCCAUCGCGGCCUGGCCCGCGCUGCAACCAUCGCCGAGGCACCCGAGCCCCAGCGCCGCAACUCGACUCUAUCAGAUUCUGUGUCCGAGGCCCGGAAUACCAUCCGCUCAUCGACUGACGAUCUAUUCUUUCCCCGCGCUGCCAGAUACCACGAUGACGAAUCUCCCGAUGAAGAAUCGCACUGGCAGUCCGCGCCGCUGGGCCUCGCGCUCCUUCCCGCCAUCGCCGGCAUCUUCUUUCAGAACGGGAGUGCGGUGGUCACUGACGUUACAUUGUUAAUUUUGGCGGCUGUUUUUCUGAACUGGUCCGUCAGGCUACCAUGGGAGUGGUAUCACUCGGCGCGAACACAAGUCCGUCAGCAUGAGAGCCUAUAUGACCUCGAACCUCCAUCGGGCCUAGACGCGACCGUGCCAGAGCCUACACAAGAUACCCUUGAAGAUGGAUCAGACGCCGGUGAAGGCCCCAGAAGAGAACAGCGAACAACCAGCGUCAGCACCACAGCUAUCAAAGAGCUUCAUAUCCACGAACUCGCCGCCCUCGCGUCUUGCUUCAUCUUCCCUCUAAUAGGUACAUGGGUGCUUCACACAAUCCGCGCCAAACUUUCCCGUCCCUCCGAAGGCCUCGUCUCAAACUACAACCUAACCAUCUUCCUCCUGGCCGCCGAGAUCCGACCAUUUAAACACCUUCUAAGAAUGGUCCAAACCCGAACUCUGCACCUCCAACGUGUCAUCGCCUCAUCGGAGGACGACGACAGAGACAGAAUAGAUGCAAGCGAGGUCCACGACCUCUCUAAGCGCCUCGAAGAACUAGAAGCCCACGUCGCCGAAACAGCAGCCUCCCGUCUUGCAUCAAACAACAACAACCACAACAACAACAACGAGUACACCCUCUCCCUCGUAUCCCAGGCUACCGCCGAAUACCGCAAGGGCUUCCAAACAGAUAUCGACGCCCUCAACCGCGCCGUGCGCCGCCACGAGAAACGCACCGCAGUCUCAGCCUACCAAACUGAGUCCCGACUACAACUCCUCGAGGCGAAAGCUCGCGACGCGCUUUCCAUUGCGGCGGCCGCACAGCGCUCAUCUGCGCAACAGCCUAAGAGUAUAAUUGCUGUAAUCCUAGAUUGGAUCUCCACGGCCGUUCUAUUCCCGGUUCAUAUUGGCAUUUCGUUGGCGAGUUUACCGCUUCUUCUAGCCAAGCGUGGCGCUCUCGUUUGUAAGGAUAUGGUUCUGGGUAAAACACCCACGAAGAAGUCACCUGGUAAUGCUGGAGGUGGCCGUGGUAGUGGCAGGACAAGCAAGGGCAAAGCCCCUCAGUCGCGCAAAUCAGUAUUAUCGCAGCAGAGGCGGGCGAAACGGGAGUCUAUCAUAGAAGAGUGA